AUGGAAAUGGAAGGGGAAGUUGUGAAAUUGAGAUUCAAGAGUGUAUGUGUUUUCUGUGGAAGCAGAACCGGCAAGAGGAAAUGUUAUACAGAUGUUGCUGUUGAAUUAGCCCAACAAUUGGUGGCAAGAAGUUUGGACCUUGUUUAUGGUGGAUGGAGUAUUAUAUUGAUGGGUAUUGUUUCAAAAACUGUUCACCGUGCUGGAGGGAAUGUUAUUGGUAUCAUUCCUAGUACCUUGAUGAGGAAAGAGACACAUAUAACGGGUGAAACGGUAAGGGAAGUGAGACCAAUUGGCAACAGGAACCAAAGAAAGGAAGCAAUGGCCAACCAUUCUGAUUGUUUUAUUGCCCUACCAAGUGGGUAUCGAACUUUGGAGGAGUUACUGGAAGUGAUAACUUGGGUUCAGCUGGGUAUACAUGACAAACCUAUCAGGAAUAAUAAUAUGGUUAUUGUCGAAUUAGUAAGGCGAUUAAUUUGUCGAUCUACAAAUUCAAUCGAUUAG